CCGCGGGGUGUUCCGCGGCCCCGGGGCGGUGCCGGUCUCCAGGGUAACGGGGCCCGCGGGGCUCGCGGCGGGCGUGGGAGCCGCGCUUGGGGAGCUCGGGACGCCGGGGCCUGCUCCGAAGGCUGCGUCUCCCCGAACGGGCCCCCGUCUCCCCGAACGCGCCCGGAGCUUGUGGUUGUGCGUCUUCAGCUAGUGAGCCCGUGAACCCUGCUCCUGGAGGAAUUGCUACACCCCCAGUGUAUGGUCAACUCUUGGCUUUAUAUCUGCUCCAUAAUGACAUGAAUAAUGCAAGAUAUCUUUGGAAAAGGAUACCACCUGCUAUAAAAUCGGCGAACUCUGAACUUGGGGGAAUUUGGUCGGUAGGACAAAGGAUCUGGCAGAGAGAUUUCCCUGGGAUCUAUUCGACCAUCAACGCACACCAGUGGUCUGAGACGGUCCAGCCGAUCAUGGAAGCACUUAGAGAUGCCACACGGAGAAGAGCCUUCGCCCUGGUCUCUCAAGCCUACACCUCCAUCAUCGCCGACGACUUUGCAGCCUUUGUGGGGCUCCCGGUGGAAGAGGCCGUGAAAGGUAUAUUAGAACAAGGAUGGCAAGCCGACUCCACCACAAGGAUGGUUAUGCCCAAAAAGCCAGUUGCAGGGGCCCUGGAUGUUUCCUUCAACCGGUUUAUUCCCCUAUCAGAGCCCGCCCCAGUCCCGCCCAUCCCCAACGAGCAGCAGUUAGCCAGACUGACCGACUACGUGGCUUUCCUCGAAAACUGAUGCGUCAUUCUGAGUUCAAGAUCCACCUCCAGAAUCCUGUAUACUGACAAAUAGAGAAAUGUAAAAUUUUUAUUUUCAACCUAUUGGCUGGAUUAGCACCUCGGCAUUCCUUGCGGAGUAUGUGAUAAAAUACAUAUAUAAAGUAUAUAUUAUAUAUUUUGUCCUUAAACAUUAUGCUGAAUAGUUGUUGAAACGAUUCUUGUUUUGUAACAUUUGACAAUUUGGAUGAAGCCCGUCAGUAUUACGCAGUUUAUAUUUCCUGGUGACUCCUGAAACCCGGCCGCCCGGCUUCCCGUGGGACGGCGCCUAUCAGCCGUUUGUCCCUGCGCGGCACGCGGCACAGCCCCGUCCGCAGCGAGGGUUGACACUUAACAGCGACGCGCGUGGGAGCUGAGGAGCGGCCGGGGGUCCCGAGCCCCCCCCCCCCCCCCCGUCAGAGGACGUGCUCCCCUUCUCCCCAGCCCCGAGGACCACACCCCGAGUGCUGACGAGUGGCGGAGGAGGAAAGGCCGUGUCCUCAGCCAGCAGAGCGUGAGCUCCUGGGGGUGUCAGCACACCCGCUGCCCGCGCUGGAGGGCUCGCCGUGAAAACGCGACUAUCGGAGACCUUCAGGAGCGCGAGCCGUCGUAGUCCUUUCUCGGGAAGGGGAGCGUAGGGCGAGAGGCGUGGUCCUGGCAAAGACGUUCUCACGACGAGUGAUCCGCUUUGUGCCGCCAGCACCCUGCAGCCACCGGAUGCUUGCACCCGUCCUUCGCUUCGAGUUCCGCCUCUUGGAGAAAUACCGAACGAGUCUCUCGGUUUUUGUGCGAUGGCCUCUGACUGUUUGGAGGUGUUUCGUGUGUCUUCAGGCUAACACCCCCCCCCCCUUCAUUUAUUCUGCAUUUGUUCAAUAAAUAUUUAAUUGAAUUCA